GAGUGGCACCAGUUUCUUGGCUGUUGUAACCCUCAAGUGUCAGCUUAAUCCGGCCUGAAAUUAGUGCAUCUUCGUUUAAUUUUGAUAUUGGCUUAGUGGCCAUGGGACUCUACAUAGAUGAGCCUAAACAUCAUGCCCACUUACUAAUAAAGCAAAACAUGUUAAUUAGCUAGUAAUAACAACAGGGAGACGUCUGGGAGAUGUUUAAUUGUCAUCAAACAUUCCAUUUGUAUAUUUGUCAUGCUGGAUGCAGGAGAAAUGGGACCUGAGGCACAAGUCGCAGACAUUUUAAUGAUUGUUAUGGGUAGAAUGUGUCAUAGCACACUGUGCAUUGCACCCAGCUAUGUAUGGAGCUGUGCAGCCACAGACCUGUCAGUGUGCCCUUGCCAAAGCUUGUCCAUUGUCCAUGAUUUGCUGGAAAGCCCUGGGUGCAGGGAUUUGUGAGGAUGUCAGUUUGACACAUGCCACCUACUCAAACAUUGGUGUGGACCAUGUCUUGAAACACAAUCAUAACUGGCAGCCAAGAAGACAUUCCAUCAAAACAGGGCUUUUACAGUUACUGGCUGGGAUUAGAGUGCACUUUACAUUGUUUUUGUUUUGUAAAAUAACAUACCUUUUCAAGUGCUGAGAUAUAGCCUCAAUAUUGGAGGAACAAUAUCGGGGUCAUAUUGGAUUGUCAGUUAGCCUGUGAUUCCCUCCCUUAAUGACAAUGGUAUUCUUUCAGCAAGAUUAUGCCCGUCCAUACCGCAAGCUUGGAACAAGGUGUUGCAGUCCAACUGAGCAUCUGAGGAAUGUGGCAGAAAAGGUCCAAACCAUGGCUGAGGAUGUGAUGGUACCAGAUGCAAUGGGGGACCUUCAGAGGCCUAUGCCUCUGUGGGUUGGAGUUGUUUUAGGGGCAUACAGAAGAUCAUCAGCAUAUUAUGGGAAUGUAUAUAGCAGACGGUCAUAUUAUGAUCAUCUAUAUAGCAGACGGUCAUAUUAUGAUCAUCUAUAUAGCAGACGGUCAUAUUAUGGUCAUGUAUAUAGCAGACGGUCAUAUUAUUGUUAUGGUGAUGUAUAUAGCAGACGGUCAUAUUAUGGUCAUGUAUAUAGCAGGCGGUCAUAUUAUGGUGAUGUAUAUAGCAGACGGUCAUAUUAUGGUCAUGUAUAUAGCAGACGGUCAUAUUAUGGUGAUGUAUAUAGCAGACGGUCAUAUUAUUGUUAUGGUGAUGUAUAUAGCAGACGGUCAUAUUACGGUCAUGUAUAUAGCAGGCGGUCAUAUUAUGGUGAUGUAUAUAGCAGACGGUCAUAUUAUGGUCAUGUAUAUAGCAGACGGUCAUAUUAUGGUCAUGUAUAUAGCAGACGGUCAUAUUAUGGUUAUGUACUUAGCAGACGGUCAUAUUAUGGUGAUGUAUAUAGCAGACGGUCAUAUUAUUGUUAUGGUGAUGUAUAUAGCAGACGGUCAUAUUAUGGUGAUGUAUAUAGCAGACGGUCAUAUUAUGGUUAUGUAUAUAGCAGACGGUCAUAUUAUGGUGAUGUAUAUAGCAGACGGUCAUAUUAUGGUCAUGUAUAUAGCAGACGGUCAUAUGAGGCAGGUGGUCAUAAUGUUUUGGGUCAUCGGUAUGUACAGUUAGUUGCCAUGAACUUUAUUUCAUAUGAACACUUAAUGAAUUGCUGCAGAGAUAGUAUGACAGACAGCCUUGCCUUUCUGAGAAAUGUAGAGUGCUAACAAUGCGUAACAUGAAAUUGGCACGUUUUCCCAAAUGGACACAUACAGUACAUUUUUUUUCUUCCAAUGCAUUUUGGUUAACUGAUUUUUAAGGUUUUAAAGCAGGUUUUUAAGGCAGGGUGACACAAUGUAAUGCAUAAAAUGCAACAUGAGGGAAUUGUAAUUAAGAUAUCUUCCCUUCUUCCUGACCCAAAUGCAGCUUAUGGAGAUUUAGAUUUGCACAAUAGCAAGGGCAAUGUUUGCACUGGAUGGUACUUGGAUGAUUACCUAUGAUAACUUGUAACGUGUUUUUUUUAUCUAGAGUCUUUUUUUAUGUAGAACCUAGAAAGUUUGAAUGAUUUUUUUUAUUGAACACAGCCCCAUCAUAGUAAAAGCAUUUUAGAGCAUCACUCAUUGGAAAAAAGGAUAUGUCACUUUUCUAAUACAGAAACAAAGUCAGAAAACAAAGUUAGUUGAUACCCCAGGCAAUUCCUCUCAGCAUCUCUUGUCAGUCUAUUGUCAGUGAUGUGGGUGGAACAGAAAAGGUCUGGCGUGUGUUUGUGUGUGUGUGUGUGUGUGUGUGUGUGUGUGUGUGUGUGUGUGUGUGUGUGUGUGUGUGUGUGUGUGUGUGUGUGUGUGUGUGUGUGUGUUUGUGUUUGGGUGGAGUGGUGCGUGCUCCGAGCAUAGUCUGCUUUGUUUGUAGAAAGCCACUUGUCUGGCGGUUUGUCCUGCACUACACCACCUCUGUGUGGCUGCUGCCCCCCACUCUCUCCAUCACCCGGCAGAAGGUGCCAGGCUCUUCGCGCUGCUCGCGCACCGUCUUGCCCUUGGCGAAGCAGCCGCAAUCCAGCAGCUCGUAGAGAAACGCCAGCGCAGCGAGGGAGAGGACCGUAAGGAUGAAGAGCAGCAGGAUGACGAAGCAGGCCACGUUCCAACCGUCAUGGAACGGGUACAGUUCCCGAACCUGCAGUUCCACGCUUUUCAGCUCCGUCUGUGGUCGCCACGGCAACUCUGCCUCCGAGACGUUCAUGAUUAUCUGAGAGGCACAGGGGGACACAAGAAGAAAGAUGAUUUGAUUCCCCGAAAAUUCCCUGAGAUUAAAAACAAAAACAAAAACAAAAA